GGUUUGGGCCAACUGCAGUCCAGGCCCAAACCAAAGCCCAAUUCCCAUGUCUGCUAGGGUUAAGGGGUUUCUAAUUUCUGGAGAUAUAUAUAGAUGCUACUCGGCAGAAACAAGAGGACACACAGACGCAAGAGAGUUGUUCUACGCGAGAGGAGUUGUUCUGCGCAACAGCACCCAGCCGCCCAAAAUCCCAGCCACCCGCCUCUGUUGUUCACUAGCAGAAGAAGAGGACAGCCGCACGAGAUUGCUCUGCACAUUGGAGGAAAAGCCGCCGCCCAGCCUACUCGGAGGGACGCGAAUCCAAUCUACAAAGAGGACCCUGAAAUCUGCUUCUUCACUGCCCAGCCUUGCUUCUUCACCGCCCAGCCUUGCUUCCAGACAACAGCACACCAUUCGGCAAACUGCAAUUCUCCAUUGUUUGGGUUUUGUUGUUUCUGAUUUCCUUUUACUAUGAUUUUCUGCUGGGAUUUAUUUUUCAUGGCUGUUGAAAUCAUAAACAUGUGUGGCUAGAUUUCUUUGAACUAGGGAUGGGUGGAUUUUAAUUUUUGAAGUAUGUGACUGUUUUUGUUAGUUUAAUUCAAGAUUUAUUGAUUAUUUGCAUGAUGAGUUUAUACUAUUGAACUUAAUGCAUUGAGAGCUUGAUCACCUUUCAAUUGAUUUAGUGAUUUAUGCAUGAACUUGAGAAAGAAUUGCAUAGAUUAGACCAAUAAUAAUAUAAACCAUGUGUUAGACUAUGAGACCGAGAGGUAAUUAGCUCACAUGUGGUAGUGGAGGAAGAGAAGAGAGUUAGUAGCUCCCCCUUCUUAAACUAGAGGUUUCUAUAGAAUUUAAUGCUCAUUAGUUUGUUUAAAAUUACAUAGAAAUAUGAUUAAUUUAGCAAACAAAUGAAGGAUUAGCUUGACUUGAGAAAGCUGGUUAAUUAAUUUAGGGAAAUCCA